AUGGCCCCGACUGCGUGUGUGAUGCCGGCCGCCGAGGUGUGUGCCGUCAAGAAUGAUCUGAUCCAUCACGAUCCCCUUGGCAAGGCCGGCAAACUUGGGGACGAAUUGUUGCAAUCGGAGUUGACUGCGAGGGAGCUGGUGAUGGAUGUGCUGAAGAAGCGCGCAUCCGAGGUGGACACCGACCGCUGCGAGGCCGGUGAGGAGGAUGCCUUUUAUGUUGCGGAUAUGGGCGAGGUAUAUCGCCAGCACAUGCGCUGGAAGAUGAACCUGGGCCGAGUCAAACCAUUCUAUGCUGUCAAAUGUAACCCCGAUCCCGAGGUUUUGCGUCUCAUGGCCCAGUUGGGCAACGGUUUCGACUGCGCCUCCAAGUCGGAAAUCGAUCUCGCCCUCCAGACGGGCAUCGACCCCAGCCGAAUCAUUUACGCGCAACCGUGCAAGACCAAGUCUUAUCUGCGCUAUGCCGCCCAGGUUGGCGUCAAGCAAAUGACCUUUGACAACGCCGAUGAACUGUACAAGAUCAAAGCCCACUUCCCGGACGCUGAGCUGUACUUGCGCAUCCUCACCGACGACUCUACCAGUCUCUGCCGGCUGAGCAUGAAGUUCGGUGCCUCUCUCGACGUGGCCGCUCAGUUGCUGCAGCUCGCCCGCGAGCUUGAUCUCAAGGUCGUCGGCGUCAGUUUCCACGUUGGCUCCGGUGCCGAGGACCCCCGUGCGUUCUUGAAGGCUGUGCAAGAUGCCCGUCUGGUGUUUGACCAAGCGGCCGCGAUCGGUCACGAGCUGCACACUCUGGAUGUCGGUGGUGGUUUCUGCCACGACACUUUUGAGAAGUUCUCCGGUAUUCUUAGCACCGCUCUCGAGACCUACUUCCCUCCCAGUGUCCGGAUCAUUGCCGAGCCUGGUCGGUACUACGUUGCCAAUGCAUUCACUCUCGCGGCCAACGUCAUUGCUCGUCGUGACCUUCCUGACCCCUUGGAUCCGUCGCGCACUGCCUACAUGUUGUACCUCAACGAUGGUGUCUACGGCAACUUUUCCAACAUCAUCUUUGACCACCAACACCCGGUUGCCAAAGUGUUGCUGUGCGCGGCCGAUGCGCCUCGGUCGGGACUCCCCUCCACUGCCGCAGGCGAGAUCAACUCGUACUCCAUCUGGGGCCCAACCUGCGAUGGCAUCGAUGUGAUUACCCAACGCAUCGAUCUGCCUGGGCUCUUGAACACCGGAGACUGGUUGUACUUUGAGGAGAUGGGCGCGUACACCAAGUGCAGUGCCACUCGCUUCAAUGGAUUCUCGGACAACCAUGAGGUGAUUUACAUUUCCAGCGAGCCGGGCGCCUCGGCUCUCCUGAACUAUUAA